AUGACACAAGAUCGAUACAUGGUAUUAUUACAAAUGCUGCACUUUAACGAUAAUAAUACAGCAAGUAACGAUCCUUUAGCAAAAAUACGACUAGUGAUCGAUAAAUUAAAGAUUUCCUUUUCGCAGUCAUUUGCACCUUACGAAAAUCUAUGCGUCGACGAAAGUCUUUUGCUGUACAAGGGCAGAUGUUAUUUUAAACAGUUUAUACCAUCCAAGAGAAGUAGGUUUGGCAUUAAAUUAUUUGUCCUUAGUGAUUGUAAAACUAAUUAUGUAUUGAACUUCAUAAUUUAUAUUGGACAAAAAACAAACAUUAGUAGAACUAACAUAGCCAUUGGAAUCUCUGGAGAUGUUGUGAUGACGCUGCUUCAGCCAUAUCUUGGAAAGGGCCGUACACUAAUUACGGAUAAUUGGUACACGAGUCCACGUUUAUAUACCUUAUUACACGAAAACAAAACUAACGCAUUUGGAACCGUUCGUAAAAAUAGGAGAGAUAUACCCCACAUGGAAGAAAAGUUGAAGAGAGGAGAAAUGUGCUACCGAUCGACUAGCGUUUUAUUGGCAAUGAAAUGGCAUGAUAAAAAGGAGGUUUGGAUGUUGUCUUCUGCACAUGCAGCUACAUUGAUUGAAUCUGAGAAAAGGGAUUAUCGUACAGGAUUAUAUAAGAAGAAACCAUCAUGUAUUGUCGACUAUAAUUCCAACAUGGGCGCUGUAGAUAGAGUUGAUAUGAUUUUGAGUACACUUAAUUCCCUAAGGAAAACUAUAAAGUGGUACAAAAAACUAUUUUUCCACUUGUUAGAUUUAGCUAUAUAUAAUGCAUAUAUUUUAUAUCAAAAAUCUACUGCUUCAAAACAAAAAUUUAAUGAAUUUCAUUUAGCGUUGAUAAGAGACAUUUUACGAAAAUAUUUCCAGCAUGGUAGAAGGAGGAAAGAGAAAGUCUGA